UAGAUUUGAUGAAAAAAAGUGGAGUUUGGGAAGUGAAUUUGACAGGGAGGUAGAGUGAAGAAAACGUUGACAUUGAACGUGCCUGGCUGGCGCGGACGAAUGAAACGAUGCGUUUUUGCCAUGUCACGUCAUUCACCGUGUUCUUUGGGGGCUUAGAAAGAAAAAGAAAACGGUUCAUUCAUUAAUCUCUCUGUUUCGUUUAGUUUUGUGCUUUGUUGUCUCUGCGUUGUUGAGUGCAUUAUUCAACCAUACAAACAAGAAUGCAAGCUUUGCAGAACGCCGGGAUCCGCGUUUUUCGACGGCUCCAUUCCACGCUGUCUUAACCUCCCCCUUUCUCCGCAUUGCCAUCUUAUAGUCAUUUCCGUUACCACAAUUGGUUGCUGUGUCCGAUUCUCUCCUAUUUUACGAUUUUCUUGCAACCAUAUGGAGGAUUAAAGCACUGCGUGUCGGUGUGUCGUGUCGGAGAAAUUGAGGUUCAUCGGCGCGAACAAUGUCUGGUCUGGGUGAACGCCAAACGGUUCCCCUUUCGGUGCUGCUGAAGCGUGAGUUGGCCAACGAGAAAACUGAGAAGCCGGAUGUUGUCCUCGUGCACGGUCAAGCCAGUGAGAAUAAGAAAGGAGAGGAUUUCACGCUGCUGAAGACGGAAUGCCAGAGGGUGGUGGGAGAUGGGGUUUCUACGUAUUCUGUUUUUGGGCUAUUUGAUGGACAUAAUGGAUCUGCUGCCGCUAUUUAUGCCAAGGAGAAUCUUCUGAACAACGUUUUAAGUGCAAUUCCUUCUGAUCUUAACAGAGAUGAGUGGGUUUCAGCGUUGCCUAGGGCUUUGGUUGCAGGCUUUGUAAAAACUGAUAAAGAUUUUCAAAGAAAAGCACAAACAUCAGGAACAACUGCAACCUUCAUGAUUAUAGAUGGAUGUGUUGUGACAGUUGCAUCAGUUGGUGAUUCCCGUUGCAUACUUGAACCUCAUGAGGGUGGGAUUUAUUACUUGUCAGCAGACCAUAGACUAGAUAGCAACGAAGAGGAGAGGGUCCGCAUCACUUCUAGUGGAGGUGAGGUUGGUCGUCUAAAUACAGGGGGAGGCACAGAGGUUGGUCCUUUGAGAUGUUGGCCAGGUGGUUUGUGUCUCUCCCGAUCCAUUGGUGAUAAGGAUGUUGGUGAAUUUAUUGUCCCUGUACCACACGUAAAGCAAGUGAAGCUUUCUACUGCUGGAGGCAGGAUCAUUAUCAGCAGUGAUGGUGUCUGGGAUGCUCUAACAGCAGAAAUGGCCUUUGAUUGCUGUCGUGGCAUGUCAGCUGAGGUUGCCGCACCACAUAUUGUGAAAGAAGCCGUGCAAGCAAAGGGACUUAGAGAUGACACAACCUGCNAAAAAAAAAACUCAAUUAUUAAAGAAUAUAUUUUAAUAAACUCAUACUGCAAAAUGGUUUUGUACGAUUAUUUAUUUUGUUAUUCCAGUAAGUGUUUUCUGUAA